CGCACCGAGACUUUCGAUGGCAAACCGUAUAAUCAGUUUUUAGGCAUUCCUUACGCCGAACCGCCUAUCGGUGACUUACGCUUCAAAAAGCCUGUUCCCAUAAAAGCGUGGUCUGAGCUCCGGGAGGUCAGCCAAUGGCCAAACCCUUGCUAUCAACAUAACCCAGAAUUUUUGGAUAAUUUCCGAAACAAACAAUUCAGUGAAGACUGUUUGUAUUUGAAUAUAUGGGCGCCGGUAGGUAUCAGUUCUGAGGCCAUGGACAGGGAUCAGCUUAAAGCUGUUAUGGUUUGGAUACAUGGAGGGGCCCUCAUAGUAGGCUCACCGGUGGAGGACUACUAUAGCGGACAUGUAUUAGCCACUAAAGGGGAUGUAGUGGUCGUAACCAUUGGUUAUAGAGUCAAUACUUUUGGAUUCCUAUACACGGGCACAGACGACGCGCCCGGAAAUAUGGGUCUCUGGGAUCAGGUACUGGCCCUCCAGUGGGUCAACGAUAACAUCGAGCUCUUCGGUGGCGAUUCCCAUAGGAUUACAAUGUUUGGAGAGUCAGCCGGUGGAUGGUCUACCAGUUUACACAUACUGUCCCCCAUAUCACGGCCUUUAUUUCAAAACGCUAUUAUGAUGUCCGGCGCCGCCAUUAAUCGAAAUGCUGGCGAACCGGCCCGGGAUGUCAUGCAAAAGUGGUUGAGAGGAGCGCAGGCUAUCAACUGCACGGAAGGGGACGACAUCCCCGACAGAUUUACGCCUAAAAUCAUUGAUUGCUUACACAACACACCUGCAGAAACAUUAACAGCCAUUCCCAUACUGCCGGCGCUAAUGGAGGGUAUUGUUGGUUGGAAUACAGUUGUCAUAAUAGACGGGGACUUCCUACCGGCCCGACCCCUGGAAAUGCUUAAUAAAGGGGACCAUAAGAAAGGAUUAAAUUUAAUGGUUGGCACCGCUCAGGACGAGGGCUCCUGGAUCUUAUGGCUCACUGAGGAUUCUGUGAAGUAUAGCCAACACUCCCCGUCCCCUAUGACUCAUCGGGAGGCCUACAACGAGUUAAGUAGGAUUUCCCGUAAGAUGUGGUCCAAAGAGUCCAUUGACGGGGAAAUGGUGUCUAAAGUAUACUUCACGGGUCUGUCCGAUGAGACUCCACAGGAUAUACUGAGACAAACGAUAGGUGUGGCCAUCGGUGACUACCUGUUAGGCUGUCCGGCCAUACAGUUUGGACAGACUUUAUACGAGAAUGAUGUGAGCGAUAGCCGUGUCUAUCAGUACUACUUUAACAGCAAAUUAGGUGAACCCAAACAACUUUGCUCCAAGUGGUCAGGUGUCUGUCAUUUCGAUGAUGUCUACCCCGUAUUUGGUGUACCAUUUGACAAACCUGGUCGUUUUGUUGAUCAGGAACGAGAUUUAUCCGAGAAAAUAAUCCACAUAUUUUCUACGUUUGCUAAAACAAGUGAACCCCCGGCACUGGACGGCGCCGAUUGGGAGGCCUACUAUCGGUUGGAUAACCACACGAUUAGACCGUAUUAUGAGUUCACAAACGAACCAAAACCGGUCACUAAUUUCGGGACCGGACUUAAGGUCGUUGAGUGCGAGUACUUAUGGAAAAAGGCCAGGGAGGUUCGCACCAAAAACGGGUUAAUCAACGGCCGCACCGACACUUUCGACGGCAAACCGUAUAACCAGUUUUUAGGCAUUCCUUAUGCCGAACCGCCUACCGGUGACUUACGCUUCAAAAAGCCGGUGCCUAUCAAACCUUGGUCUGAACACCUGGAGGUCAGCCAAUGGCCGGCGCCCUGUUAUCAAACCUAUUCAACAAAUUUCCGAAAUAAAAACUUCAGCGAAGACUGUCUAUAUUUGAAUGUAUGGGCGCCGGUAGAUACAAAUGCUGAGGUUGUGGAGAGAGAUCAGCCUAAAGCUGUCAUGGUUUGGAUACAUGGAGGAGCUCUCAUAGUAGGCUCGACUGUCGAAAACUACUAUAGCGGACAUGUAUUGGCCACUAAAGGGGAUGUAGUGGUCGUAACCAUCGGCUAUAGAGUCAACACAUUUGGUUUCCUAUACACGGGUACAGACGACGCGCCCGGAAAUAUGGGUCUCUGGGAUCAGGUACUGGCCCUCCAGUGGGUCAACGAUAACAUCGAGCUUUUUGGUGGCGAUCCCAAUAGGAUUACGGUGUUUGGACAGUCAGCCGGUGGAUGGUCAACGAGUCUACACAUACUGUCCCCCAUAUCCCGACCCUUAUUUCAAAAUGCAAUCAUACUAUCCGGUGCUGCCAUUAAUCAUAACGCGGGUGAACCGGCCCGGGAUGUGCUACAUAAGUGGCUUAGAGGGGCUCAGGCUAUCAACUGUACUCAAGGGGACGACAUCCCUGACAAGUUUACGUCUAAAAUAAUUGAUUGUUUACUGAACAAACCGGCAGAAACAUUAGCAGCCAUUCCGAUGCUACCGGCCCUCAUGAAUGGUGUUGUCGGUUGGAAUACGUUUGUUAUAAUAGAUGGGGAGUUCCUACCGGCCCUACCACUGGAAAUGCUAAACAAAGGGGACCAUAAGAAAGGGUUUAACCUAAUGGUGGGUACGACUCAAGACGAGGGCUCCUACAUCUUGGGGUUUACGGAGGACUCUGUGAAGUAUAGCCGACAAAACCCGUCCGACAUUACAUAUUCCGAGGCCUACAACGAGUUAAGUAGGAUUUCCCGUAAGAUGUGGUCCAAAGAGGUCAUCGAUGGGGAAAUGGUGUCUAAGAUAUACUUCACGGGUCUGUCCGAUGAGACCCCACAGGGUUUACUCAGACAAACGAUAGGUGUGGCCGUCGGUGACUACCUGUUAGGCUGUCCGGCCAUACAGUUCGCACAAACAUUAUAUGAAAAUGAUGUGACCGAUAGCCGGGUCUAUCAGUACUACUAUAAUAGUAAAUUAGGUGAACCCAAACAACUGUGCUCCGAGUGGCAAGGGGCUGACCAGUUUAAUGACAAGGAACGGGAUGAAUCUGAAAACAUGAUACAUAUAUUUUCUACGUUUGCUAAAACCGGUAAACCCCCGGCUCAGGACGGGGCCGAUUGGGAAGCCUACUAUCGGUUGAAUAACCACACGAUUAGACCGUAUUAUGAGUUCACAAACGAACCAAAACCGGUCACUAAUUUCGGGACCGGACUUAAGGUCGUUGAGUGCGAGUACUUAUGGAAAAAGUACAUUGAUCAACAAUAA